AUGAAAGAGUCCAAAUACGACCGGAUUAUGCGCUACGUCCAAGAGCAACAGCAGAAUGUGGCUGCUGCCGCUGACUUGGCGAUGCAGCAGCAAUCCCGCGAUAUCGACUCGUCCAUGCUGAUGGGUGGUCAGGUGGGCUGUGAGUACGGUGUGACUAUCCCAGGCAUGGAAUAUAUGGAUCCGUCAUACAACUCGAUUGAUCACCAGAUGGCAGCACAGCAGCAACAAUACUAUCAGCAACAGCAGCAACUUGUACAUACUAGCAUUGGUGUUCGCCCUUCAUACGCCAUACCUUUAGGGAUUCCAAACGCUACAUCUCCUGGAGCAAAUGCUGCACACACACACGCACUUGACGUCGGCAAGCGUGAGAUUAUGCCAAGUAGUCAUGCAUUCUGGCCCGUAGGCAAUAUUGGCAGCAAUCCUUCUCAGCACCAAAUGCAAUCACAUGCGGGGUUUGGAAUAGUGCCGCCGCCAGUUAAUCACUCAAACACGAACAACACUGCAGCUUCUGGCCAGCGAGAUUCCGAGCUGCAGCUUGCUGCGAGGAAUGCUCACGAGGAGGACGACAACAUGCCGCUGGCAGCAUUCAACAUUGGCGCCAGCCCGUGCCAACAGAACACGCUUUUGGAAAUGCAGCCAGAAAGCCUGAACAUCUUGGCCGGAUCCAGCCUGGAGAAGUACAUGAAGGGGCCGCUGGACGAGCCACUGCCGGCCCUGGUUUCGCCCAUGAAUCAUGGUGCGCGCAUGUCGAUGAUGAGCUUUGGCUCGAACAUGGCAGUGCAGAUGAAUUCCGACAUGCACGCCCUAUCACGCUCGCACUCGCUGUCGAACCUACAGUCAAACUCGGUGUACGGCUCGCAAUAUAGGAACACGCCGAUCGCACGCUCGCCGACAAUCCAUGACACCGGCGCGCAGCACAUGUCUGCGCACUCGGGAUCGGCCCAACAGCCGUUGUUCCUCUCAGCGCAGAUCAACAAGCGGCAAAGUAUGGAUGCAGUUGCGGCGUAUGCGCGGGACAGGGGGCUGAGCCAUGCUCGCAGCGAUGGCUAUGGUCAGCCACCGGCAACCCUGGCUACCUUGGGUAUCUCCAUGAACAACGUAACUGACGUUCUUGGUCCUGAUGCUAUUGUCGAGAAUGUGGGCGCUGGUGACGCCGACGAUAUCGGCGAGGGUGACACAAAUGAUGACGAUGACAAUGCGCCCUUGAUGCUGCCGACCAAGCAGCAAGAUCUGAAAGCAGACACGCAUUGUAUAUUAGAUUCCGUGUCCAGUGUAGCCCUGCGCGUCGUCAACCAAACAGACAGCUGCCGCAAGAGCGAUCAAUCGACGGGCGAAAAGGGUUCCGGCAACCGACAAAACCAACAGGCAGACAGGCUGGGCGCUUUGGAUGAAACCAAAAACGAAGCCGAUGAGGACGACAACCAGCCGCUCAUGCAGCUGUCCAGAAAGCUGAGUGGCCUGCGCCCAUCCUCAUCUUCACCCGCAAUGCGCCCGCCACAGCUUUUUGUCAACACUACCGUUCAGGUCCAAAAGACGGGUCGCAACGAAGAAGAUGACGAUGACCUGCCGUUGUCAGGCUUGCUGCUGAACCCAAAUAGUGCCGAUGACGAACCUGGGAAUUUGCCCCUCCCAAUGCCGCGCCGCCUUGCUGAUCCUGAUGCCGUGGCCAACAUGGACGAGAUGAUCAACGAAUCGGCAGCACCUCUGCGCCUCAGCAUUGGUGAUUGCCCCGAGUCGCCUAUAGCUCUGCCCCGGGGUGCCGUGCGCAAGCACUCGCUGCUGGUCCGCUCGUCCGGGCCUGGGGGCGUGCGCUCGCAUAACAAAGGCAGCGAGCGCGCCCCAACUGAGCAGUAUACAGCCGAAAAUAUCUUGCUAGCAAGAAGACCGACCGCGUUGAAGAUCCAACCUGUGAUUCUCAGCAAGCGGCAAUCGAAAAUCUCCGCGUUUGCGCAGGGAAUGCCAAUUGCCGAGGCCAAUGCCAUCAGCGAAAGUGGCAGUGGCAGUAACAGUGGCAGCAAGAGUAUCGAUAACUGCCCUAUUUCAGCCAAUGUCACAGCGAUUCGCCAGGAUAAUGGCUGGAGCAAAAUGACCGACAACGAGUUCGUCGUGUCGGAGGAGGUUGGGCGGCCGUGGGCUAUGCAGCAGCCAUACAGCCCCUCAACAUCCUCACAGAACAGUGCGCGUCGAACCCAGCGUGGCAGCACCCUUGGCCAAAAGCUGACGGACGAGCUACAGCAGCUGCGGGAGGGCCUUUCGCGGUCGCGAUGGAACGAUAAGGCCGAGCGGAAAUCGUGGCAGCUCGGAGACGACAUGCCGCCGGUAAAGCAGCCGUGGCUUCAGCACCACGAAAAAACACUUUCGGACCCGGCACUGUCGAGCUCGGUUGUGGGCGCAAAUGCGAUUGGAAUGGCCACUGGUCGCACUCUUGGCGCCGCCUACCUUAAUGACAGCGAGCCGUUGCAGCCGUCGUCCUGGUCGCAUCUCGACAAACAGCGGCCCAUGAGCACGCAGUACCACCAGGUAUCGCGGUGGUUUUCCAAGGGCUCCGGCGCAAACGACGGCGGUGGCAACAGUCGCACCCAGAAUGUUGAGCAGCAGCGGCCUUCUAAGGACGACACUGAGCGUGUCUCAACGUCCCCACAAUCGACAAAUUCGCUGUCUCUGUCGUCGCGCCUCAACAAGCACCUGGGAAAGCUCAAGCGGUCAUUAAAGCCGGCCAGUGGUGCUGUGUAG